AUGUGCAGUAUCGAGCAUUACUCCAUGUUUGAGGUUUCAACUGGGACAACUACUUCAAUGGCAAUAAAAAGGCGGCAUGUAGACCACUGGGACCCACCUAAUGAUAGCCUUAGUGAUGAACCAGAAGAUAUUCUGGAAGAUCCAAUCCAGCAAUUGCCGCGGCUGUCGCGAAUGAAAUUGGACUCGCGCAGUUGGGUCGAUAAAUACUGUCCUGCAAACUCCAGAGAUCUAUGCAUUAAUCCGAGAAAACUCAAGGAUGUCAGAACUGCUCUAUCAAACAUGAUUACUGGUGAGCUGAAUUGUCGUCUUUUGGUAUUGUCCGGCCCAUCAGGGAGCUCGAAAUCCACUACGAUACGAUGUCUAGCGAAAGAGCUACUACUUGGUAAAUCUAACACUCUUGGUGGAUUAGUAGAGUUUCUUGAUACAAAUACCGCCGACGGUGCUCUACCGAUGCAGUUUCCUGACUUUCUCGCUGCCUGUCGGUACCACAUUGGCUCCAACUUGUCUGUUAUACUAAUUGAAGAGCUACCGAAUAUUUUCCAUGCGGAGACUUUAUUUCGAUUUCGAAAAGCAAUUAAAGAAUGGAUUUUUUCGGCUCAAGACAUCCCUAUGCCUCCCUUGGUGCUUUGUCUCACGGAACUCGAUUCUUUGAGCGAACGUGAUUCAAGGUCGUAUAAUAUUGAAAACUGCCUAACUGUCGAGACGCUUUUGGGAAAGGAUUUAUUGCAUUCUGCAUCGUUUGACAACCGAAUUCAACGAAUUAAAUUUCAACCCAUUGCAAAAACAUAUCUUGCCAAAACCAUCAACCACAUCUGCUCGGCUGAACAUAUUAGAGCAAGCAAAUCUGUUGUACAAUCAUUCUGUGAAAGUGGCGAUGUGAGAUCACUGAUAAACUAUCUUCAGUUUUGGGUGGGGUCGAAGGGCAAUUUCAGUAGGUUUCAAACAGGCCGUGAAAAUCAAAUCACUCUUUUUCAUGCGAUAGGAAAAGUGAUCCACUCAACUUCGGAUAUGACCGGCUACGAUCAUGAUUUUUCCCAUGACUUUCAUACCAUCAAGAAUGUGAUGGAAAAUUACCAUGAUAUAAAUCUUCUUCUGUUGGGGUUAUUGGAGAAUUAUACUAUUUACAAUGGCAUGGACUUCGAGACAUCGAGAGCAAUGGCCAUUACUGAGAGUCUCAGUUUGUCUGAUACGUUUGGCGCGGUGCCUGAAUUCAAAGAGUACGCUCUCCUAGCAACUCGACUAGAGCUUGCAAAUGUAAAGGCAAAGGGUCCCCCCUCGACGAUGAAGUUUCCCCGUCAAUUUCGACUGCAGAAGGAACAAAACAAAGUUUCUUCCGAAAUAAGCAAUUAUCGAAGAUACAUAGCGAAACUUCAAGUCCUGCGGGAUGAUAUCAAUCUCAUUGAUGGAAAUCUUGUGCCAAAAAUCUUGAAUUCCUUCAGGUAUAAAAUGGCACACGAUGUUUCAAAAGAACAAUACCAGCGAGUUGGAGGAGCAUUCAAAAAGCUCUUUGCAGAGGAAACACCAAGCAUAAUGGAGAAUGAGGACGAAGCCGAAAGAGGCAAUGAGGAUCAAUUCCGCAGCGAUAUCAAUGAGAUUGCACGUCAAGAAGACAAUAACAAAGAAGAUGAUGACGAUGAUUUGAGUGACGCAAUAGAAAACUCGACAGAUGAAGAGGAUUUGGAGGACACUCUUGAUGAACAAUUUCUCGCAAUGACGCAGCAGCGCACCCAAGGCAGCGUUACUCCCAAGAUUACGAUCGAUAAUGACAUUAAUAAUGAUGAUGACAAUGGAAAUGAUGAAGACAUGCAAGAUGACCCGGAGCUAGACUUCUUGGUGUCACAAGGCAUCGUGUGA